AUGUUGGAAUCGACAAUACUCAGCAAUGCACGUUGCCACCGCAGGUUGCGCGACAACCAAUUGCUAGAGAAGUUCGGAAGAAUAUGUCCACAAACGGAGCCCUUUACUGACGGUGUCCUGGUUCACAACCUCUCGUCUCGUCGCCUCACACAACAACAGCUGGAGGUUUUAUCCUAUGACGCCAAGUUCAACACCAGAGAUGCUCGACCGGAAGAUUUCAUCGCAUCCUUCGAGUCGGCCCUUCAAAAGUGUGAAGCCAACGAGGAGUACAAAAAUUCCAUGCGGCAGCAAGUGUCAACUCUUCUCCUCCAGCACAAACCUCAACGGGUGAUUUCCGAAGCAGAAGACCGAGAACUUCUGAGAAUGCGGAAGAUGAGGGAUAUCGUCACCCUGCCCGCCGACAAGGGACGCUCGACGGUUGUCAUGGACAAGACCGAGUACACGACGAAACUGGAAGGUCUGUUGGAGGACGAAGUUGCCUAUAAGCUUUCAGAGACUGGAGAGUUCAAGAAGCACGUGAACGGUGUAAACAAGGCGAUAGACAAGUUAAGGAAGGCAGGAGCCCUCAAGAGACAGGAAGCACUGGCCGCAAAAGCCACCGAUGCCGCCAUGGCGCGCUUCUACGGUCUGCCAAAAGUGCAUAAACCGGGAGUACCUCUGCGCCCCAUAGUCUCAUUACGCGGCACCCCGACAUUUGGACUGUCGAAAUGGCUUUACCAACGAUUCCGUUUCCUGACCGGGGAUUCCGAAUGGACGGUGAAAUCGGCUGAGCAGUUUUUUGAGGAGUAUCAGACAUCUAGAAAUAGAGUCAGACGAGAUGAUGGUAUCGUUUGA